CAGUCGGACAUGAGCAUACGCAGCACGGUCGACAUUCCGCAUACACGCCACAAAACACCAGUGCAGUCAGUAUUUACUUCAUGAAAUGGCACAAAAACGAAUCGAGCAGUGGGAAAUUGAUCGCUACUGGGAAAUAUUCAGCUCUCUAGCAAACGGUGGAACACAUCUCGUUGGCGCGUCGGCAGCGACAGUCUUAAAGAACAGCCAACUUCGCGAUGAUCAACUGGAAAGAAUAUGGGACCUCGCGGAUGUUGACAACGAUGGAAAACUAGACUUUGAAGAAUUCUGUGUAGCUAUGAGGCUCAUCUUUGAUCUCGUAAAUGGAGAAUACGCCGAUGUACCUCAACAGCUACCUGACUGGCUCGUUCCUGAAUCUAAAGCCCACCUGGUACAAGCAACACGCGCACUCACCGGACGACAACCGCAAUUCGAACAAGUUGACGAUGACGACGAUGACGCUGGUGCCCUUCGGAAUGACUUCGACUGGUACAUGGGACCCGGUGAUAAAUCCAAAUAUGAAGAGAUAUACACGGCAAACCGUUCCGCUAAUGGCGAGGUCGCAUUCAAUUCCCUCACCGACCUCUACGAAUCACUCGACGUUCCAGAUACAGACAUACGAUCAGCAUGGAACCUGGUGAACCCGCAAGCGCGCGGCGCAAUCGGUAAAGAUGCCUGCCUGGCUUUCCUACACAUCCUCAAUGGCCGACACGAGGGAUACCGUGUUCCGCGGAGCGUACCUCCUAGUCUGCGCGCUACUUUCGAGAAAGGCAAUAUCGAGUAUAAUAUCGAUCGAGUAGGCGAACAAAGAACGAACAAAGACCGCUGGGCUGUUCAAAGUGGUGACGACACAAGCACAGGCCGAAAGGCCAAAUUCGGGGAUGCAUACUUGACGCGCCUCGGUGUUGGAGAUCGGGCUGGCGCAGCAUAUAACAAGAAGACUGAUUUCGGUGGGAAAACUACUGAGGAUUGGGAGGAGGUUCGCUUGAAGAAACAACUACGUGAAAUCGAAGACAAGAUGAAGCGGGUUGAAGAGGCAGCCAAUAGGGGUCGAAGUAAAGGCAAUAGGAGGGAGGAUACGUCAAAACCGGCCCUUGUGAAGCGGGAAUUGGAGCAACUACUAGAUUAUAAAAGGCGUGAACUACGAGACCUAGAGGAGGGCAUCGGGAGUGUUAAAGAAGGGGCAAGCUUGAAGAGUAUCAGGGAAGAUAUUGAUACUGUUCGAGAUCAGAUCGAGAGCUUGGAAAGGCAUUGGAAGGAGAGAGAAAGAGUAUUGAAUGAUUUGAAGGAGGAGAUUGAGGCAGCGAAGGUCGGUGCAUAGACUUGGUAGAGAAUUAAUUACUUCGCUUGCCAUUGCAUAUCUGCUUAGAAGGAACUUCCCAGGGCCACGCUCCUUGUGUUUGAUGAGUAAGUUUCAUUACAUAUUCAUGCUGGAGAAACGAUACCUCAUCGUUGGCACAGUAAUGUAAGAGACAUCUGGGGAGUUUCCACCUAUGGCACAAGUAUAGGUCCCAGACGUU